AUGUCGCAGUAUGCAUCGUCCUCUGGAUGGACAUCAUUUUUGAAAUCGAUUGCCUCCUUUAAUGGGGAUUUGUCGUCGCUGACUGCGCCGCCCUUCAUCUUGUCGCCUGUGUCGCUGGCGGAAUACUCGCAGUACUGGGGCGAGCAUCCAGACCUGUUUCUUGCGCCCAAGCUCAUCACGGAAGCAGACGGCAAGGUGUCUGCGGAGGAGCGCAGGAUGCUGGCGGUGGUAAAAUGGUUCAUAGCGACUUUGAAAUCGCAGUACUGCUCGCGCAGCGAAGCAUUGGGCUCGGAGAAGAAGCCGUUGAAUCCCUUUCUGGGCGAGUUGUUUGUGGGCAGCUGGCAGAACAAGGGGCACCCGGAGCUCGGCGAAGUGGUGCUGUUGUCGGAGCAGGUAUCCCACCAUCCGCCCGUGACCGCGUACACAAUAUUCAAUGAUAAAAACAAGGUCCGCCUGCAGGGCUAUAACCAGGUGAAGGCGUCGCUCUCCAAGAUGUCUCUGAAUGUUAAGCAGUUUGGGCACGCGCUGCUGGAGUUGGGCGACUUGGAUGAGCAGUACCUCAUCACGCUACCGCCCCUUCAUUUGGAAGGCCUCUUAGCCGCUUCUCCGUACGUGGAGCUGGAAGGCAAAUCAUGCAUCCAGGCAUCCAAUGGUAUGUACUGCUCCAUUGAGUACUCCGGAAAGGGCUACUUCUCAGGCAAGAAGAACUCGUUCAAGGCCCGGAUUUUCAGAUCCAGUGGCGAUGCCGAGGAUAAGGAUAAGGCGCUGUACACCAUCAGCGGCCAAUGGUCUGGGCUCUCCCACAUAAUAGACCACAGGAAUUCCUCCUCCAAGAAGGGUGAGGAACUCUUCUACGACUCGUCCAAAACAAGUAUAGAGUCGCUCCACGUGAAACCCAUCGACGAGCAACACCCUCUAGAGUCCAGAAAGGCCUGGCAGAAAGUCGCCGCUGCAAUCAUCUCCGGUGACUUCGACACUAUCCACCGGGAAAAGACCGCAUUGGAACAGUCCCAGAGGGAACUUCGCAAAGAAGAAGAGGCCAAGGGCAUCAAUUGGCGCAGGCGGUGGUUCAAGGAUGUCGACUACAGUGCCGGUACCUCGGACAAUGCCUUCAUAAAAUUGGCUGCUUUGGCCCAGCUUUCGACUAGAAAUGUCCCCAGCGGUACGCCUGUAUCCAAAGAUCCAAAGAGCGACAAUGUCCCAGUCGUACACUGGCGGUUUGUCCGGAAACUAUGGGAUGAGGAAACGGAGAUCAAGUUGUAG